UCUCUUGACGUUUCACUGGCACCUGUCAAUUGUGCGUCUAUUUACCUUCAACCGCUCUGGAUUUUGUGUAUUCUUCCGCGAAAAUGGGUGGAUGCCGUUGCACUUUCCGCGAUUGCACCAACAGCACAGCAAACUCACCGGGCACGCACUUCUUCCACUUCCCCUUCAGGGACUGGGAGCGCUGCGAAAAGUGGGCAAAAUACUCGGGCAACAUGCACUUCCUCACCCUCGAAGUGAGCAAACUUCGAAACAAAGUUGUCUGUGAAAAGCAUUUCCACGACGAAUACUUCAUGAACUACAAAAAGGAGCGACUCAUCCAAAAUGCGGUGCCCACGUUCAUCCGCCUGGGAAACAAUCACGUUUUGGACUUUUCUGAGAGUGACAAUCCGCAGCCCAAGUACCUGGAGCCGAGCAACCUUCAGCAUCUCAUACCUCCGCAGACGGAGAAAAGCUACAUUGAGCAAGUAUCCAAGCUCAACACUGUACAGGACAGCCCACCCCCGGCGAAAAAACCCAAUCUCCAGCAGCCACGGAUCCUGAACGUCGCCGCCCCGCAGAACUUGAUUUCCAUGAAAACACCCGCCAACCUCACCAUGAUCCCGACCCAGCCGGAAUUCUCAAUUGAAUCCGUCUCCGAGGCUGAUGUCACCGAGAUUGACUUCGGGCCCGCUAUGAGCCUCGCAGAAGAAAGUGUCGAGGACUCGGAGCUGGAGACAGAAAAGAUUUCCCUAAAACCAGAUCACGAGAAAGAAUUGGAAUUCCUUCAGGAGAUUGACUCUCUGAAAGUGGAACUGGAUGAGAAGACGAAAGAAAUGCAUCAAAUGGAAAAAGCGAUGAUCAAAAUGCGGGAGCAAAUCGCGGCAUACGAGGCCAAGGCCACGAAGCAAGUAACCCAGGUGGAGACGAUCACGACAUCGAAGAAGCUGGAGAGCUCAGGCGGCGUCUCCACUCCACUAAACAAGUCGCAGCUUUUCAAUGGGAUCAAGAAAUAUCUGAGCCCGUCGAUGGCCACUAUGGUGCGGAUGGAGAUGUUCGGGGGACCGGAGCGCGAGUGGAAGCAGGACGAGAAGAACAUUGCGGUGGAACUGCUCAGCCUGGGCGAGCAUGUUUUCGAGUAUGUUCGGGACGAGUGGCGGUGCAGGCUCCCUCCGAAGCGGGACGUGGAAGAGUGGUUGGGCAACAGAGGACAAUUUCAGGAGGACGAGGACCUUUAGCACUUUUGCGCUAUAUUUGGUGUCUUUGUUUGGACUUAGUUAAGUGGAAAGUAGGAUUAGAAAUGGAACUCAGAAUAAGAAAUAAAUUGAAGUUUUUACUGAA